AUGAGUUCAUCACCACCCUCAGAUCCAAUGGACACCUCUAAAACCAAUGAUAAAAAGUCAAAUGAAGAAGUAAAGAAGAAAUCCAUCACUAAUCCUACUCCUACUACUACCUCUACAACUCUUGCUAAAUCAAAAUCUAUCACAACUGCUACUCCUACUACUACUCCAACCUCUAUCAAUUCUAAACCUACUACUUCUACUGCUACUGCUACUUCAUCAUCAUCAAAGAAUAGUCACCAUUCUCAUUCUCAUUCUCAUCAUCAUCAACAACAACAUGAAAACAAAACUAACAAAGUAUCUAACUCUCCUAUUAAUUUCUAUAAACAACCAUCUACUUCAUCAUCACCAUCAUCAUCAACAACAACAACUGCUACUACCAAUUCAUCAAAUGUAAAGGAUAAACAAUCAACAACAACAACAUCAUCAUCAACAACAACAACAGGAUCAACAACAACACCAUCAUCAUCAUCAUCAUCAACAACAACAACAAGUAACAAUAAAGAUGGAGAACAACCACCAAAAUCACCAGGUAAUCGUGCCAAGUUGAAUUGGACCAAAUCAAUGACAGAUAUAAAGUUAUCUACCACCGACCGUGUUGUGUCAAGUGUCAAAUAUCCAAGAAAUGAACCACUGGCACACAAUGUUUUAUUCAAUGCAGACAACACAAUUAAUUUACCAAAACUACAGGAACACUUCUUCCACGAAGGUAGACUCAACCACGACGAUGUCAAAGAGAUCGUUGAGCGUGCCGCUGAAAUUCUAGAAAAAGAACCAACUUUAGUUUGUGUAGAUGCACCAAUUACAGUUUGUGGAGAUGUACAUGGUCAAUUUUAUGAUUUGAUAAAGAUUUUCGAAAAUGAUAUCGGAGGAUCACCGGCAUCCACCAACUAUCUAUUCUUGGGUGACUAUGUAGAUCGUGGAUACUUCUCAAUGGAGGUCAUUUUGUAUCUAUAUGCUUGUAAAAUCAAUUAUCCAAAGACUUUCACCUUGUUGCGUGGUAACCACGAAUGUAGACACUUGACUGAUUAUUUUACUUUUAAAGAGGAGUGUCUUCAUAAAUAUUCUGAAGAAAUCUAUGAUUUCAUUACAGAGUCAUUCAAUGCAUUACCUUUGGCUGCUUUAAUGAAUGGUAAAUUCUUGUGUAUCCAUGGUGGUCUAUCACCAGAUGUUAAAACUUUGGAUGACAUUGCAAAUAUAGAUAGAUUUAAGGAACCACCUUCUAGUGGUCCAAUGUGUAGUAGAUUAAUAAUCAUCAUAUUGAUCAAUUUAUUAUAUGUAUUAUUCAGUGAUUUAUUGUGGGCAGAUCCAAUGGAAGAGUUCUCUCCUGAAAUUAGAGAUCAUUACUUGCCUAAUGAUGUAAGAGGAUGUUCAUAUACCUAUAGUUACAGAGCAGUCUGUCAUUUCUUACAACAAAACAAAUUGUUAUCUGUUAUCAGAGCACAUGAAGCUCAAAAUGCUGGUUAUAAGAUGCAUUUACAAAAUGAUGCAACUGGAUUCCCAUCGGUUAUUACAUUGUUUUCAGCACCAAACUACCUUGAUGCCUAUAACAAUAAGGGUGCUGUCUUGAGAUAUGAGAACAACGUUAUGAAUAUUAGACAAUUCAAUUGCUCACCACAUCCCUACUGGUUGCCAAACUUUAUGGAUGUAUUCUCGUGGUCGAUGCCGUUUGUCUCUGAGAAGGUCGCUGAGAUGUUGCUGGUUCUUCUGAAUCUCUGUGACGACGAGGAAGCCGAGAAGCAAGAGACCAAGGUUGUGGACCACGAAGAGGAGAAGCGUAAGCAGAUGUUGCGUGCCAAGGUCAGAUCGGUCUCAAAGAUCAUGCGUAUGUUCACCAUCUUGAGACAGGAGCGUGAGACCAUCAUGAUGAUCAAGAGUUUCACUCCGUCGCGAACCAUCCCACAGGGUCUGCUCACCGAAGGACCCGAUGCACUCAAGAAGGCACUCGGUGACUUUGCCAAAGCCAGAAAGAUGGAUCUGGUCAACGAGAAGCGUCCACCCAACAUCGAUCGUGUCAACAGUCGUGGUGAACUACUCCGUAUGAACAGUCGUGGUGAAUUGUUCCGUAUCAACAGUCGUGGUGAAUUGUUCCGUAGCAAUUCGUAUGCCGAUCUCAAGCCACCAACAGGUCCACAAGAAAUCAUUCAAAUUACAGAGGCACCAAAAGAAUAA